UCAUGUCUAAAGGCACGCGCUACACUGCAACUACCAUACAUCACCAACCACCGUAUCCUUCCCCUUCUCUCUCUCAAAGAUUUCUGUCAUUUUCUCGUUACUCUUGCUCCUCCAGCAAAACGUGUUCUUGGGUUUCGCUUCUGGUUUUUAAUUUUCGCAUCGUCCGUUGCAGACUCUGUUUUUCUUUUUUCUAAUGGAUUAUGAGGCAAUGUGAGCUUGUAGAACCCGAGAAAUGUGUUCUUAUUUCUGUUAAUUUGGAAUGUGUUUUCUCAGGAAAUGAUUUGAAGCUUCUCUUAAUCUCUCUUCAGAGAUUCAGCUUCUGUUUCCAUUUUUCAGUGCCAUCGUUUUUGGAUGGGAAACUAUAAACAUUUUUAUUUUGACUUGUGUGGCUUUUCAAGCUGGUUAUGCGAGCUCCCCAUUCUUCCAAUUGAUUGUUUAAUGGUGUUUGAAUAAUGCCUAGCAUUAGAGCUCCGGCUAACAAGAGAACCACAACUCUCACGGUUGCUGUCAAGUGCAGGCCUUUAACGGAGAGAGAACGUGGUCGCGACAUUGUUCGUGUUAAUGACAAUAAGGAAGUGAUUAUUCUGGAUUCUGACAUAUCAAAGGAGUACAUCGAUCGUAUACAGAAUCGAACCAGCGAGAAGAUAUAUUGUUUUGAUCACGCCUUUGGUCCUCAUUGUACAAAUUUGGAUGUCUAUAAGAGCAGUGUAUCUUCUAUGAUCUCUGCGGUUGUUCUAGGUCUAAAUGCUACUAUCUUUGCCUAUGGUUCAACAUUUGGUAAAACGCAUACAAUGGUUGGGACCCAAGAAGAUCCUGGACUUAUGGUUCUCAGCAUACAAUUUUUGAUCUUAUCAAAAAGUGUAAGAGCUCUGAUGAAUUUGAAGUCUCUUGUUCCUGCCUUGAAGUCUACAGUUAUCUAUGAUUUGCUUGAGAAAUCAUCAGGUCAUUUGGAACUCCGAGAGGAUCCACAGCAGGGAAUAAUUGUUGUUGGGCUGAAGUGUAUCAAGGUUCAUUCAGCUGAUAAGAUUCUUGAAUUAUUGAACUUAGGAAAUAGUAGACGGAAAACAGAGAGUACAGAGGCUAAUGCAACGUCAUCUCGAUCACAUGCUGUUUUAGAGAUAAUUGUGAAAAGAAAGCAGAGAAACAAGUAUAGAAAUCAAGUCAUGCGAGGCAAGCUUGCACUUGUGGAUCUUGCUGGCAGUGAAAGAGCUUCUGAGGCAAAUAGUGGUGGACAAAGGCUAAGGGAUGGAGCCAAUAUUUACUGUUCUCUUCUUGCUUAG